AUCAUAAUGAGACCUUGUAUUUUUGUCAAACAUAUAAAAUAGUCCUUGUGUUUGCGCUUUGGAAUAAACAAUUUUUCAUUCACACGCGUGUAUUGCAUGUUUUAAAGCAAAUGCAUUGAAUAGGAUGUUAAGUGCUUUGGUGCUAUAAUGUUGUGUUUAUUUAUUUUUACAUUUUUACAGACCACACAAGAUAAUUUUUCCAAUUUAAAUCUCAGUAGGUACUUUGCCUGAAGAGGGUAUCUCUGUAGAUAUGAAGCUUUUCAGAGAAGCUAUGAAUUUAAUAUUGAAAGCUUACAGACGAUAUCCGUACAAUGAUGUUUUGGUCGUUUGUCAAACUCAUCUGUGUACAUUCAAAUCACCAUUCAACAUCAUACAAUGUUUUGUUAGGCCCGAUGGUUUUUUAGAUCCAUCAACGUACUUAGUUUCAUCUAGAAAGCCAAUGUACAAAGCAGUUAUUUUUGAUAAAGAUGGAACUAUUAUUUGCUUUAACUCAAUGUGGAUGCCUUGGGCACGGACUAUUGCAAAAAACAUUUCUAGUGACAUUGCUCGGGAUAUAGGUUUCGAGAUAUUGACUACUCUUGGGUGCUGCCCAAAAACUCACAUUAUCAAUCCAGGUGUUUUAGCUGAAGGUACUGAAGAACAAAUAAUAACCGCUCUGACAAACUUGUUAGUUUCUCACGGCAUUACAAGAAGCAUGGCUCAGUCCAUUGUGUCUAAGCAUGUAAAAGCAUUAUCACUUUCACCUGAGCACGUUGUUCAGUUGACUGAUAUGAAAAGCAUGUUAACUACUUUGAGACAGCACUCAAUCAAGACCGCUAUUUGCACAUCCGACAGUCGCAAAGGAACAGUACAAGCUCUGGCAGUUUUAGAUGUUUUACAUCUAUUAGAUGUUAUUGUGUGCGGUGAUGACCCUGGUAGACUUCCGAAACCGCAUCCAGAUAACGCGGAAUUCAUAUGUAAGGAACUCCAUGUGUCACCUGAAGAAACAGUUAUGAUAGGAGAUACCUCGACGGACAUUGCUUUUGCAAAAAUUAUCGGAAAAAACGUCUCCUGAUCUAGCAUGUACAUUUUUGAACAUACUGGGUUACUCUUCUGAGACGCGAAAAAUAUCUAAUGGCAUUUUAGCUGAAGGAUCUACGGUGUUUAUUGAAGAGUGCCUGCGCUAUUUGCUCAUACUAAAAGGUUACGGAGUCAAGGAGUCUGACCAGAUAGUAAACCAGAUAUGGAUCUGUCCAAGCUCUAUACCAGGUAUAACUAUAUCUGAUACAGUUGAAACAGUUAAGAAACUUAGGGAAAUCGGUCUACAAGUAGCUAUAAAUAGUUCAGACAGCCGAAAAGCCUGCAACGAUUUCUUGUUAAACCUAAAAUUGCAUGACUACAUAAAUAUCAUAGUGUCGGCUGAGGAUGCAGGUUGUCACCCAAAACCUUUACCACAUACUGUGCUUCAAAUCAUUGACAAAGUUGGAUGUAAACCUGAAGAAACAGUCAUUGUCGGUGAUACACCUGCAGACUUAAUGUCCGGUCGAUCGGCUAAGGUUGGCCUUACUGUUGGACUGUUAUCUGGAUUUUCAUCGGCAACCGAUCUAGUCUCCUAUUCAGACCUAAUUUUACCAAACUUAUCUCAUCUCCCUAAUAUAUUCAUUGAUUAAAGGUAGUUUGAAGGAAGAAAUAAAACAAUCCAUAAAAGGAUGGUACAAAAUCAACAAAUUCAUUGUGUCAUAUUUUUUUAAAGUUAUGAAUACUUCUUAGAAACUUUAUUCAAUUCUGAUUUCAUUUCCUUUGUACUUUAUACCACAAAAGAUGUAAACUUAUUUUAUAAUUCCUUCUUCCGAAAUAUCUUCCUUGAAAUUUUUUUGAUGACAGUAAUAACCAUUUUUCAAUUAUUUCCGAUGACGGUUGUUAUGGAUAAUUUAGAUAUCAAGUUGAUUGAUGCUAAUAAAAGCAUUCUACCU